UUGAGUGUUGUCAGGUGUUUGUCAUACAGUUCCCCAGAGGGAAAAUAAAGAAGGUGUAAUAGUAAUUAAAAGAAAGACGCCAGCUUGAGACUAUGUAUAAAUUCAGAAGUACAGCAGAAACAUGAAAGGAACCAUAAGUGUGGCCAGAGGAGAAAGCCUGAAGAGAAGCAAAGAUCACUGGAUGUAUUCAGAGGCAGAGAGACACCUGACACCAAAGUCUAAGUCCUCUGCCUACCUGGAAAAUCUUGCAGACAGAUCUCCUGAUCUAACCCCGAUGAGUUCUAAUGAUGAAGAAAACUGCUGCUUAGAACAUGUUGAGGAACUUCCUGGAGUCGAAUGUAAAGGCUCGAAGGGGCAGAUCUACUUCAUGGAUCAGGAAACCAACAACAAAGAUUUUCUGACAGAAGAUGAUAUUUACUGCUGCUGCCUCUCCAAGACUCUGCUGCACACCGCUACGCCCGUCACCAUCGGCUUCUACUGUCCUGCCGGGAGCCGUUUUAAUUCGCUGCUUGAUAAAAUUACAGCCUGCAUGCUCAAAGAAUCCCUUCAGAGAGAAGAAGAGGAGCUGAGAAAAUCACAAUCAAAGCCAAGAAGACCUGAAGGUUGGGGCUAUUUUCUUCUCCUGUGGUAUCUGGCCUUUUACCAGCCAGUGAUCACUGAGGUCCACCUGAGGAGGGAGAACAUUCAGUUCAUCUUCAUCAGGUUUAGUGCUUGGCAAUAUGCUGGCAGCGAUAAGCUGUGGGCAGGGCUGGUCACCACACUCUGUCAAAGCAUCCGCAAGCACUUUGGUGCCCUGCCUUUGAGCUUUUACCACGUGAUGGGGAAAAGGCCCAGAUUUGCCUCUGGCUUUAGCCAAGAUGAAUGGCUUCUCAACAGGCGGACCUGCCUUACACUAGGAGGCCUCGUGUUUGUCCUAGUGGCAGGCAUAAGCCUGCUCUCAGUGGCAUUCUUUGUUUCAGGAAUAAAAGACAGCAGGGCGUUAAAGGUCAUUGGCAGUACUACCACCACCUUCUCUGGAUCAGCAAUAUUAGUGACUGUUUUCUCUGUGGUUAAGAACAUAGUUAUCAGCCAGAAGCAGAAAAUUGAGAAGAUGACAAACAGCGAGAAGUUUAGCAGCCACCUAGGCUUCAUGAGCGAAGUGAAGAAGGAAAUCGAGAUGCUGACCAGCUUUGUGUAUUACAUGGAGAUCUAUCAGAGACGGCGGCUGCGCAUAGUGCUGGAGAUCACCAGUUUGGAUAUGUGCUACCCAGAGAGGGUCGUUGGGGUUUUGAAUGCAAUAAACACUUUACUCUCAGACACGAACGCCCCAUUCAUUUUUAUCCUGGUGAUAGAUCCAAGCAUCAUUGCAUCGUGUUUGGAACAAACCAGCUGCAUGAAAGGAAUGGCCGACAAUGGGUACCUGUUCCUGAACCGCACGGUGACUUUGCCUUUUUCAAUGCCAGAGAUGGGCAUAAAGUCCAAAAUCCAGCAUUUACAGGAUGCUGUCCAGAGCCGGGAGGACCUGAUGUACAAAAUCAUCACAAAAAACAUGGAAAGUGGAGUCAAGAACGUAAAGGGGGAAAUGAUAAAGCUGGAAGAUAUGGAGACGUCCAAUGAAAUGGACCAAAGCCAAAUCGAUGCUCAAGCUGUGAGGUAUAUUCAUGAAGCAUUUCAUGCUCUGCACAAUGAGACUGAUUGUCUCUAUACAUACAUUCCAGACAGCAUUAUCCAAAUGAAAAGGAUAGUCAACACAAUUCCCAUCACCAUCAGACUCAUGCUCCAGCAAAACAUUAUGAGACAUACAAUGUCUCCAAGGUCCGUGGCUGCAUGGGUGGUCAUGGCUAAUCAAUGGCCAUGCCGCUUGAGUUGGGUACUGCAGUGCCUUCAGGACAGGCAGCAGAUUCGACCAAUGGAGGAGGAGUUCAGGAACCAGUCCUUAUGGGGAAUCUUUGUGGAAAACUGUAAAGAGCUGUACUCCAUGCACAAAGUCCUCGAGAAUAUCCUGGCCUUGGAUGGGGACCCAGAACUCUUCGAGAAUUUUUUGUCUAAUGAUUUUCCUUUCACGGUACAGGAGGCCAACACCUUUCUAAAGUCCACAAUCAAUCUGGACCAUUCAAUAAGGCAAAAAUUGGGACUAAUUCGAGCAGUUAAUUUACUGAAUAAGGCCAAUGAUACAAGCGUAACUAAGUCUGCCCAGGUGUCUAAGGGUGUGCAGUGUUCUGGUUUAGAGGAAUACAGUUAAACAAUUUAAAAGACUUCCGUUAUUUGCCUUAGAAAGGCACCUAUGAACUAUUGAAUGAUUCAGUGAAAAUCAGUCUGGUGCUUCUAUUGACUAAAUUUGCAGCUACCCUCACCUAGAUAGUUAAGUCAAAACUACUUAAAUGCUGCCAGCUCUAAUGUUUGAGGGUAUACAGUGCUCAUCUGAGUCAAAAUAACAGACUAAGUCCUCAUUUUUAAGAGAGUCUAAGCCUGGUCUCUGACAUUGUAGGCCCAGAUAAUUGUGGCCUCAUCUCAGCACAGCGAUUCUAACUACCUGCACGCAACCACGUAGCUAAAGCCAACAUUUUUGUGGGUGUUCAACUUUAGGUGUUUUAAGCUGGGCACCCAAAACUUGAGGCAGCAAAAGUCAGGCCCAUUUUUGAAAACUUUUCCCUCGAUAUUUAUGUGCAAUAAAAUUUCACUCACAAUUCUUGUCCCCCACAAAAUUGCAGAUGUAAAUUUGGAAGCAACUUUUCAAAAUCAGGCUCUAGACAAACACCAAUUGUUUCCUCUAGUAUUGUAUAUACUGAGCCAAAGCCUUCCCUUAUCCACUCCCACACAGUUUGGCUCUCUUGGAUCUAGUAUUGAGCAGAACAUGCCCUUGACCAGAUGUGGGGUGUGUAAGUGAGCGGUAACUGAUCCUAAUUCUCAUGUAUACUCAGGCCACUUUACAGUGCUCUGGCAGUGUAAAGGAGCCUAAAGUGGGAGAAACUGAUAAGGACCCUUUACAGUGCCAAAGCACUAUGUCAAUGGGAAUCAAUUUACUGGGUAUGGUGUAUGGAGAUGUGUCCCUGCAGUGGAGCAGGAGGCAGUGAUCCAUGUGUGCAAUAGCAAAGGUGAUAAUUGAGUAAGUCUGUGACUACGAAGGUUGGUAAAUUUAAAGGGAUGCUAGUAUGCAGGUACAGUAUAAAGGUGCCAAGUGUUAUAAUUAUGGUGCGAGUGUGCUGGUCGAAUGAUGAUCAGCUGUGAAGGUAUGAACUGUGUGUGCGCGCACACCACCAUGAGUUAUGUAAGCAGGCAUCAGUGAUUUGUGCAGCCCGUAGGCAUGAGGUGUUGUAGUGUGAUAUUAGGUGCAUGGAAUUAUAGCACUGUACUGGUUUUAACAUUAUAAUCACCUAGUAGCUCCAUCUCUGCAUCUCUCUCCCUUUGAAUUUAGAUGAAUAGAGUGAAACAAGUCUCAGUCAGGUUUCUGUAUAGAACACCUACCAGAGUGUCUCAUUUCUUGCCUUAUAAUGCCAUCAUGUGGCCGGUUAUUUUGCUGAUUUAAAGCUACACAAAGCUCCGUCCCCGUUUUUCUACUCUUUUACUACUUUAUUAUACUCUCGUUUUCUCUGUUGUUCCAACAAUCAGGUUCCCAGCCUUUGGAUGUUUGACUGUUUAUCUUCCACUGGUACAGAUCUGAGGAGCACCAGCAGCCUGUCCCCUCUGUGAAAUGGUGCUGCCCCUAUGGGGAUAUUACACUCACCCAGGAGGAGCAGAGAACUGUGAUUCUGUUAAAGAACUUUUUUUUGCAGGUUUCCCAUUGUCCAUUGUGGCAGGGCACUGCUGAGGAAGCACGCUACAAUCAGGAAAUACAAAGUUAAGGUUAAAUGAUCAGUCUCAACUCGCUGAGUGUGUGUAUUCAAAUAAAGACUCUCUUGAUUUCAUUGCAUAGAACUUGUCAGGUAUUAGAAUAUAAUAUUACAGCAUGGAAAUGGAAAAUUUAGAUCACAGAUGUACAGAUUUGCGUACAUGACCUCCUAGUGCAAUCCUGUGGCAAAGAGAUCACACAACACGUGGAUGUAUUAGUAGGGGAAUUUGAAGUAGGAAGAGGGAGGUGGUAUAAAGCAAUGAGGAGAGCAGUCCUAGAAUACUUUGACUAGUUCUUGUGCCCACAUUUUAAAAAGGAUGGUGAAAAAUUAAAGAGGGUUCAGAAAAGAGCUAUAAGAAUCUCAGUGAGACUAAAAGAACUCAAUGUACUUAGCCUAUUGAAAAGAAGGUCACAGAGUGAUUUGACCGUGGCCUCUGCAUGAGAAGAUAUUUAAUCUAGCAGACAAUUGGUAAAACUUUGCUAAGUGCCUGUGUGACUUAGGAGCCUAAGUCCCAUUUUCAAUAUGUGGGGAGUGGGAUCCUAAAUUACUUGUGUACUUUUGAAAAUUUUACCCAUAAUCUCAUUGAAAAUGGGAUUUAGGUUACUAAGUCACUUAGGCACUUUUGAAAAUGUUACCCCUAUAUGUGAAUUUAAAGGACACAAGUCAUGGAGAAUUUCUCACAUCCCUUUGCAAACUGUUGCAAUGGUUAAUUAUGCUCAUAGUUCAAAAUGUGUGUCUUACAUCCUGUUUGAGCAUUGCUGAUUUCAUCUUCCAGCCAUUGGAUCUUCUUAUGAUUGUGUCUGCUAGAUUAAAAGGCCCUCUCCUAUCAAAUAUCUUCUCCAUAAGUGGGUACAUAUAGACUGCAAUCAAGUCUUUCCAAACAAUCUGUCCUAGCUCAUCCACAAGUUGUUGGGCUGUCUGCAGGAAUUACUGAAUGGAAUUCUCUGGCAUGUAUUAUUCAGGUCAGACUAGGUGAUCACAGUGGUCCCUUCUGGCCUUAAAACCGAUCGAAGAGGGUGCGUUGCUGUAAUAGGAUGAUUAUGUCUCAGCUGAAAUAUAGCAAUUUUGUUUUUAAAGAACAAAACUAAGUAAGCAAAUAAAGCAAAGCUUUUGUGAUUUCUGUAAAUACAUGUAAAGUAUCAAAUCCAUAGUGAAACACUUUUAAACUACGUAAUUUAUACAAGAAAAUAUUUAUUUUGAUAGAUGUAUGUGCGCUGGUAGUGCACCAUAAGACAGGGUAUACAUCUAACCCAGAAAAAGGUAGAUGUCUUCUUUGUUUGCUAGUCAUUUGUCAGUCUGAAUAAAGAAUGUUGGAG